AAGCGGAGAGGGGCAACUGCGCCCCAUUUCACUCUAUCUCUCCCCCUCACUCUCCCUUUCUCUCCCUCUCCCCCUCGAAAAAACAGACAGCCCUGCAUAUUGGAAACCUGGAUGUAGAAGAUAGGGAAGUCAUCCUCAUUCUUGCUGGAAUAUAAGGCAUUUUUUUCUUGAAUUUAUUUUCUUUUUAUGUUAGAGAAGAUUUGCACGCUGUUCAUUUACAUGUACGUUUCAAUCUUGGGAGAGAAAGGUCUGCUUGACAUGUCUGCCAAGAAAAUUAUUCAGUGCCUGAGGCGGUGUCAAUUGGUGUAUGGCUGUUCUCAGAUGAAGUCCCUGUAGAGAGCGCCUUUGUGAACUUUAUUGGUUUUGGAUUUUUUUGAAAAGGCUAAAACUGGUAAGUCCCAGUCACCUCUAAUGAGGUCUGCCCUUUCACUGUGCUUAGAGACCCCAGAAGCAGCGGCAUGGAGAACCGGCGCUGCCAGCUCCCUCAACAGCCCAAUGCCCAGGCCCAAGAGGCCUCGACUGGGCCCCAGUCCUCCAUGCCUCAGUCCCCUUUACUGUCAGGAGCCUCCUCCCUCAUCUCACUCACCCAGACAGAGGAGUUCUUUGACCUGAUAGCCAGUUCGCAGAGCCGCAGACUGGAUGACCAGAGAGCCAGUAUAGGGGACCGACUGGGUAUCAGGAUAGCACAGAACAAUGUGGAACACUUGUGUGAGGCAUGUAGUUCACACGAACCUAGUGACGAGUUUUUCAACAUGCUCAUAAAGUAUCAGUCCUCCAGAAUCAAUGAUCAGAGGUGCUCUUUGCCCCCAGCACCAGACCCAGAUGAAGACUUCUUCAGCCUAAUUCAGAGAGUGCAAUCCAAACGAAUGGAUGAGCAACGGGUUUCUUUUCACUCUGAUGAAAAGGAUGAAACAGACUUAAAUCAUAAGUCCAAAACCUCUGAGGGCUCAAGCUAGAGACUGUGGCAUUUCUGAUGUGACUUCCACAAAAUUCUUCUGCAAACUCUGACUCGCUGGCUGCACAUUUUGUGAGAUCUUCCACAGAUGGGGUUAGUUGAAAGUAAUAUAGAUUUAUUUUAAUUAGUAGGAUGUUGAAUUUUUUCAUAUUUUUGCUGUCAAAUUCAAUUUACCCUAAGGUCACAGUGAGUCCAAAUGUGGCCUGAGGAUGUGAUUAAAGGGAAUGGAAACACUCACCUGUUUGUAUGUUCCAAUAAUUGUUCUUUCACAAAAAAAUGUUUGUGCAGAUUUCGAGUAAAACAACACCAUGGAAAAUUAUUAACACACUGAUGCUUUCUAAGGAUAAUAUUACUAACUGUCACACAACACAAUAUAAAUCGGUGUGACAAACAACGGCAGCACAUAAUCCUCAAGCAGGUGUGUGUUCAUUUAACUCAAGUGGAAAGUGAGUUUCAGCAUACACUGAAUAUGAAUUUACUGAUUCCCAACAGAUGGGAGCAGUUAUAUUGAAGUUAUAUGGCUCAUGUAUCAGUUCAUUUGGUGGUCUAAUUCUGCUGCUAAGUAAUAUAAGUAAUACUAAUCGUAAUAGAUUUCCUUUAGAAUAUUUGAGACAGGCUAAAUCCAUCUUUAAUAUUAAAAGGUGCAUAGUCUGUGAAAAGUGGAUAGACUCAUUUCAAGGUGCACUGUUUAACAUGGAUUUUUGUUUCAUUGGAAUAAAAAUGAUGUUUCAGUAUGA